CAGAGAAAAUCGCUAACUAAUUUUCCGUCAUUCUCUCUGUUUGGAUCCAUAGAAUCUGAGAUUUAUCGUUGAACCCUAAGUCUCCUUGGCUGCUUCACUGCGAAAUCUCUCCUUUUUUUCUUCCGUAUUCCCUACUCCGCUCACUGCGUGGCUGUGCCGACAUCGAAGGUUUGGACGAGGAGUAGAUCGGCGGUUUUCAAUAAUCUGAGGAAAAUGUCGAAGCUUGCGUGCUCAGCCUGCAAGUUCCGGAGGUGCAAGUGCACCAGUGAGUGUGAGUUUGCACCGUAUUUCCCACCCGACGAUGAACCCCAGAGGUUUGCCGUCAUUCACCAAGUCUUCGGAGCCAGCAACGUAGCCAAUCUUCUCAACGAGCUCCCGGCUAACCAGCGUCAGGAUGCCAUCAACUCUAUGUACUAUGAAGCAGAGACACGUUUAUUGAACCCCGUCUACGGCUGUGUUGGCUUCAUCUCCUUCCUCCAGCAACACCUGAAGAAUCUUCUUCGAGAUCUUGCCUCUGCCAAAGACAAGCUCGCAACCUAUGCAGGAGUUAAUGCUGAUAAGGUGAAUUCCCCAGCUGUUCCUUCCCCUUCAUCCGACCCUUGGAUGAUCCCAGUGGGAGUUCCACCGAUCAUUCGUGAGUCAAACGAUCCCCAGCCUCAGUCGUUGGCGCAGGCCCAACAGCUUGCAGCAUCUGAACUGCAGAGGAUGGUCGCUAUACUUCAGGGCAGAGGAGGAAAACGGACGGCCGAAGGAGAUGGAAUCGACACAGCCGCCACAGGGUUCAGCCAGAUGGACAUGGAUGGUGCUGAUGGGUUAGCCGGGCUAUCACGGAUUCUAGAGAGAUUUCGUGAGGCUUAUCAGAUUCCCCAAGAACCCGAGCAAGGACAUCAUAUUCUUCCUGAUCUGCUUCAGAGACAGGUCAAGCUUCAACCCUCCGACACUGCAGGACCGCUUGGUCCAGCUGACACGGCAGGAGCCAGGGCAGGUGCGGCUGCAGAUUGAUCAUGGAGGAGAAGGACCUCUCUCUUGAUUCAAACCUCUUUUGAAUUCUCUCUUUGGCUGUUCUAGAUUGUUUCCUGAACUGUGUUUUCGUUUUUUGGUGGAGUUCCUGUUCUGGCGUUGUACAUAUAAUAUCAUCUUGCUAGUUUCGC